AGUUUUCUUUUAUUGGUCGAUAUUUAAGAAUUUGCUGUUUAGUUACUAAGAGUUAAGAACACAUCAUCGUAACUUAAUAAUGAAUUGGAAAUAUUUUUUAUUAGGAUUUAUUGUUCAUGUUAUUCUCUUUUAUUCAAUUUUUGAUAUAUACUUUUCUUCUCCAUUAACUCAUGGAAUGGAUUUACAUUCUCCAAAGACUUCCUCACCUGCCAAGAGAUUGGUUUUAUUCGUAGGUGAUGGAUUACGUGCAGAUACAUUUUAUAUAGAAAGACAGAGGUCACCCUAUUUGAGAAAAAUUAUAGAAGAGAAGGGUUCUUGGGGAGUUUCUCAUACAAGAGUUCCUACAGAAACUCGACCGGGACAUGUUGCCAUGAUAGCUGGGUUCUACGAAGAUGUCAGUUCAGUGGCAAAGGGAUGGAAAGAAAACGCUGUCGAAUUUGAUUCAGUUUUCAAUCAGAGCAGCUAUACUUUUUCUUUCGGUAGUUUUGAUGUUGUUCCCAUGUUUGAAAACGGUGUCCGUGAUGGGCACGUAAAGAGUUUUGUAUACUCGGAAGAGAUUUAUGAUAUGGCUGCUGAAAAUCCAUACACUCUAGACUUAACUGUCUACAACAUGAUUAAAGAAUUCCUUAGGAAUGCAACAACGAAUAGUACAUUAAAUAAGAUCGUCAACAGAGAUAAAGUCGUACUGUUUAUUCAUUUACUUGGUAUAGACACAAAUGGCCACGCAUAUAAACCUCAUUCAAGGCAAUAUCUAGAUAAUAUAAAUGUUGUUGACGACAUUAUAAAGAAGUCAGUUGAGAGGAUUGAGGAAUUCUAUAACAAUGAUAAAAAGACGGCUUAUGUAUUUACAGCAGAUCAUGGAAUGACGGCUUGGGGAACUCACGGAGGUGGAUAUCCAAGUGAAACACUGACUCCUCUCGUAGCUUGGGGAGCUGGAGUCAAGGGUCCCGAAAAGUCUAAUAGAAAAAUAUCGGUGGAGGAGAGUACAUGGAACUUGGACAAUUUGGUUAGAAAGGAUGUAGAACAGGCUGAUGUGGCUGCCCUUAUGGCAGGUUUGAUAGGUGUAAAUUUCCCAGCUAAUUCUGUGGGAACGUUACCCGUUGAAUACUUGUCCGGAAGUGAAAAAUAUAUUGCUGAUGCAAUAUUUGCCAAUGCAAAGCAAGUCUCCGCCUCCUUUGAAGUUAAAAUGAAAGAAAAACAGCAAACUACAUUUUCAAUGCUAUUUUCACCAUAUAAACUUCUAACACCUUCCAUACUACUGAAUUUCCAUAGACGAAUUAUCGAAUCAUUUAAAUCAGGAAACUAUAAUACUACAAUAAAACUAUCUAAAGAUCUUAUAAAAUUAUCACUAAACGGCCUUCUUUAUUAUCAUCAUUAUGAUAGAUUUUUCUUAUGGGCUUGUAUAACGUUAAGUUUCUUGGGACUUUUGGGCUAUAUUUCUAUAGUUAUUCUCAAAAAUUUUUCCAAUUUAAAAGCUCAAAAAUUCGAUUAUACAAAAAAAUAUAAGAAUUUAAUGCUUUAUAACAGAAUCCUUGCUGGUUUUUUGAUACUAAUAACCGUGUGGGCGUAUUUUAAUAGAGCAUCAUUAACCUAUCAAUUGCUUGUAAUCUCUCUGUUUACAAUAUUAUAUAAUCCUGCAAAGCAACUAUUAGAUGGAAAACUAAGAGUCCUAUGGCCGAUUACGUGUAUAAGUGUUGCAAUAUUCCCUUUAUUACCCGUAGUUGGAAUUUCCAGUCAACAUUAUUUAGUUACGUCGUACGAAGCUAUAUUCUUUGCAAUAUAUUCGUUUCUGCUAAUCCUGUGGAUUCACGUUGAAUGUCAAUUGGCAAAGAUAAAGAAUAUCGAGAGGAUUCACUUCUCUCGUUCAUCUAUUUCAGCAAGAAAUCUGGAAGCAAGGGAUAUUCGGAUAGCAGUGGCUUAUCUAAUAUUCGUAACAUUAGGCUUUUUUGGAAUAGGGAAUAUAGCUUCAAUAAAUAGUUUUGAUGUAACAAGCACUUAUUGUUUUACAACAAUUCUCAAACCAUUUAUUAUGGGACCUCUAAUAUUCAUUAAAACUGUUUUACCCAUGUUAACUGCAACAUGUGCAGUCUAUGCUAUUCACGUUGCUCUAUCAGUUCCCCUAAAAGGAUUGUUUGCAUUAAUCUUAUUCAUUAGUGAUGCCAUGGCAGUUCAUUUCUUCUUCAUGAUUAAAGACGAAGGAAGUUGGUUAGAUAUAGGAACAAGUAUAUCUCACUACGUUGUUGUUAUGACAAAGGUACUGGCUCUUAACCUUUUUAUGUUAUUAUCAAAGUUCUUAACUAGUAAGCACUUGUUAUUCUCUGUGGGAGGACAAACUAAGAAAAGUCUCAAUAAAAAAGAUUUUUAA